AUGACAGUCUUACAUAACCUUAAAAUGACGAUGACAUGUGUCAAUGUCACCCUAGCGCCUUCACCAUUUCAUUUUGUUGGUGUCAGAAUUUUUUGCAGUGCGAAGGGUUCUCGAUUUCGUACAAUUCCCAAUUGAUUUAAGAUGCUCUCCUACCAGAUCCUAAACAACCUGAGGAGCUCUGCGAGGUCUGCAGUUCACAGCCGUAACAUUGGAGUUUUGGCCCCUUGUUUGCAAAAGGCCACUGAUCCCAUUCAGCAACUGUUCGUCGACAAAAUCAGGGAAUACAAGCAGAAAAGUAACAAUGGGAAAAAUUUAGUAGAACCAACUCCGCAACUCGAGAAGGAGCUUAAACAAGAAUUAGAAAAAGUCACCAAACAAUACGGUGGAGCCCCAGGGGUUGACAUGACGAAAUUCCCUGACCUGAAGUUCCAAGACCCCGUCCUGGACCCCAUCAAUAUGGACGUUGCCGAGUCUAAGUAGAUUAUUAAACUAAAAAUGUUGUAUUUAAUUUACAUUAUUGUUUAAAUUUUUUUUUAGUUAUUAAAGCCUGUAAUGCAGAGAGGUUUUCUUAAAAUAAACUACCCUGUAAAAAAUUAAAA